AUGUUAAUUAGUAGAGAUAUUAAUUGAUAAUUAUGAUAAACUAAUUACUAAUUAUGUCGGAUUUCUCGGAUUUGUUAAGCGGAUUGUCGUCACACUCAUCUGAUUCCCUUCCACGACCACGAAGCAGAUAUGGAAGCGUCAAACUACGGAACCGUGGUGGUUCAGAGAGCAGACGUACAAUUCCCUCUCAAUUCCUUGAAUCAGUUCCAUCUCAAGCAUCUCUUACUGAAAGCACAAGUCUUGUUUCUCCAUCACUGAAUAUAUGGACCGAUGUGGUUGAACCUCUUGAAAUCGAGCAUGAAAUUGAGUCUCAAGUUGAUGCCGUGUCACAAGAAUCUGAUGUGAUCAGGAAUCUUGCUGAUUUUCCCAGUGAUGACAUAAAGGUUGUGAGACAAGAGCGUGAAUACCGAACUUUACGACCUCCUUUGCCAAAAGAGGAAACUGAACUUCCCGCUCAUGUUAGUUGUUGUAUAAAGUCAUUCACUCAAGACUUCAGCAUCAUUGAGAAUAAAUAUGAAGAGUUUGGAACUGGGAAAUUGCUCUCUGCAUCCAGAGAGAGAUCCCCGGAAUGGAUCAAUCAACUUCCAAAGCAAAUCUAUGAAGGAGAUGAAGAAGAAGAAGAAGAGGUUGUUGCUCCAACCCAGGAUCCUGAUAUAAAUGGAGAACCUGUAUCAGAGGAGGGGAAUUCCCGUGGUAGCUGGGCAUCUAGUGUUGUUAAUCUGAAAAACUCUCAAUCAGAUGAAUUACUAAACAAUCUAUUUGAUUCAGUACCACAGGAAGAAGUGGACGCAGAAAAUGCAAAACUUCGAGUAAAAGACCGACACCCAAGUCUGUUCUCUUUGUACCAGCCAGUGGUAAAUCCAUCGUCGCAAAACUAUGAUGACCAUGAUUUUCCCAUAGAAACAAUAUUACCGGCACCGGAACCAUAUGAACAUUUUGGAUAUCGGCUACUUGUUAAGUGUCUUAGCCUCGAAUUAGAAAUUGACGUUGAACCAAUAUUUGCUUCAAUUGCACUUUAUGAUACAAAGCAUAAGAAGAAAAUUUCUGAAAAUUUUUAUUUCGAUUUAAAUUCUGAAUCAACAAGAAAAAUGAUGAAAUCAGAGAACACUCUUCCUGCUGUAUCAACCUUAGCGAGAUCAGCCAUAUUCUCCCUCACUUAUCCGUCACAAGAUGUUUUCAUCGUUAUUAAACUGGAAAAAAUUUUGCAACAAGGUGAUAUAACUGAAUGUGCAGAGCCUUAUAUGAAAGAUGCUACUGACAAAUGUCGGGACAAGGCAAAGAACAAUGCAAAGUGGUUUUGUGAACGACUUGGUAAAUAUCGGAUGCCAUUUGCAUGGACAGCGAUACAUUUGAUGAACAUUGUCAACAGCGCAACCAACCUACGACCAACUGAUGAUCAACAAACACCAGAGGAGCCAAAGUAAACGUUAGAAAAUCGCUACAAGCAGUCACUUACGAGGCAAUGUAGUUUGUCUGAUAUGGAACUAAACAUGUUGACGUCAUUCAAACCAGUCACUCUUACUGUGUCGAGUUUUUUUAAACAGGAGGGUGAACGUUUAAAAGACGAUGAUUUGUUUAAAUUUCUCCUCGAUUUAAAACGACCAAGCAACAUAUUGAAGAGAUUGAAAUGCAUUCCUGGUCGAAUGAAAAUUGAUGUUUCCCCGUGCCCUCCCAACUUUCCAUGCGCUAUUACACCAGAUCUACACAGGGUAAAACCUUACCCCGACCAACGAGUGCGACCCACUAGAGAAAUCCAGGAAUUCCCAGCGUUGGACGUCAACAUUCCGCACAACACUUAUAGAAAUCUUCUAUUUAUUCUUCCCCAAUCAAUCAACUUCACCAACAGGCCUGGCCAUUCACGAAACCUCGCCGUAAAAGUUCAGAUUUUAGAAUCGGAAGAACAAUGUAACGCACUUUCACUUAUAUAUGGCAAAUCUAACUGCCCAGAGUUCUCAUCUGAAGCUUAUACAGCCAUCACAUACCAUAAUAAAAACCCAGAUUUUUACGAAGAGAUAAAGAUUCAGCUUCCCACCUACCUAACUUCUCGUCAUCAUCUCUUCUUCUCUUUCUUCCACAUCAGUUGUCAACGGAAACAAGAUCUUAACCCGAUAGAAUCACACGUUGGAUAUAGUUGGUUGCCAUUACUUAACAAUGGAAGAUUACGAGUUGGUGAUUUCAACCUUCCGGUAUCAGUUGAUAAACUUCCUCCUCAUUAUUCGAUGACAUCACCUGAAUCACAACUUCCGGGAGUAAAAUGGGUGGAUGGCCAUAAACCUGUAUUCAGUGUUUCCAUUCAAGCGGUAUCAACAGUACACAUGCUUGAUCAACAUCUGGAAAGUUUCUUCUGGCUUUGUGACCUCUUGGAAAGUUCAAACUUAAACUCGCAUAACUUGAAGUUGAUGGACGGGUCGCGCAUCGAUGACCUCGAGCAAGAAUUACAACGAUCUGUUAUUUCUAUGGCAACAGAAUCCCAACUUCAUUCCCUCGUUCGAUUUCUUUACAUUAUCCUCGAUAAAUUGAUCUCUAUGUUAGUGCACCCCCCAGUGGUCAGCGGUCAAACUGUGAACAUGGGGCAAACCUGUUUCGAAUCAAUCUCUCGCAUCCUCUUCCGUCUUCAUCAAUCUCGGGAGUUUAAAGUCGACUCCCAUCAACGCAACAUCCUCCUCGCCACAUACGCUCGUCACAUCUUCUUCAUCCCGACUCCAGGACCAAGUGAAGUUGAUCCUUCUUCCGUCCACAAGGGGCACUACGCUACAAUGACGAGUCGUCAAGACAAACGAGUUCGUCCCAGUGUAAAGAAGGCAACAUUCAGUAUAAGUAGUAGCAACCCUGAUCUAAGCGUUCCAACCUCUCCUGAUGAACCAACGUUUGAUCCAAUUGCAUCAGAUAGUUUUGUUCGACAUUCAAACACACGUUCAUCAUUAAUGGAGACACAGCGCCCUACAGUGGAAGGUGUUGGUGUUCGAUCAGUUUCGCACAAAUUAUUCCAUGAGGAACUUAUUCUUCUAUUUGUUGUGUCUACUGGAAAUGUGAAGGAGAGGGCGCUACAGAAUGCUUGGUUUUUGUUGGAAUUAACCUCGAAAAGCAUGACUCAGCAUCUUGAACAACAAGAAUUAUUCAGCACUCCUCGUGCUCAAAGAUUCCCGAGUCGAUAUUUGGAUGACCUCACACGACUCGUCAAAAUGUUCUGCCAUGAAAUAAAUGGACGAUUUAAUCGGGAUUAUGACUUUGCUGAGCGAUUGAAUUGCAAUCUUGCUUUCUUCAUCAAAGAUCUUCUAUCAAUAAUGGAUCGUGGGUUUGUAUUUCAACUCAUUCACUCUCAUUGUCAAAUGUUGAACGAGAAAAUGCGAGCACUUCUCAACACUCCACCUGGAUCCAUUCUUCAACUACGUCUUACUUUCCUACGAAUUAUUUGCGGCCACGAACAUUAUGUUACGCUCAACCUCCCAUUUGCGCUCCCACCCACCCCAUCGUCACCUUCCCCAAGUAUUGGCUCAACUAUGUCAACAUACACCCUUGCAACAAAAGCAAGCACCCGUUAUGAGCUGACUGAUCGCUUCACACGACAACAUUACCUUGCUGGGUUGCUUUUAUCAGACAUUAAACUUUCCAUUGAUCUCCUGGAGAACGGAACUCCUGGGUUAAAUAAGGUUCAACUUUACGCAACAACGACUUUGCGUAAUUUAUUGAUGAGUCAUGAUGAAGAUACAAGGAUUAAUGCAAGUCCGAAGCUGAAGCACUCGAUCGCAGCUCUCUAUCUUCCUCUGCUGUCAAUAGCCAUCCAAGCGUUACCAUUCGCUCAUAUGUUCGAUGAUCGACCGGUAUCGGAUGAGGGGAAUCCCGGGAAUACUGUGGUGAAUCCCCUGACUAGAUCCAACACAGGAAUCAACUUAACCAAGCAAAUGUCACCGGAAUCGACUCAAAAUAUUCUCCUAUGUUUCCUGUGGUUGGUGAAGAACACAGGGCGACAAACAUUGCGAUCAUGGUGGAUUGCGUUGCCUCCUUCACAACUCGUGUCUGUCCUUGAUCUUCUGUUCAUCUCAAUCUCAUGUUUCGAGUAUAAAGAGAAGGCGAUCGUUCGUAACGAGUUUCAACGAACCUCCAUCAAUCGAGGAACGAAGAAGAAAGAUUCAAAAAGUCGUCUUCAGGAAGCAAUCCUGGGAGAAUCUUCCGCGAGAAGAGAGAUGCUCAUGAGGAGGAGAGGAGGACCUAACUCUGAGAAAAGCGCAACGAUCGGAGCCACCAAGGAAGGGUUGAGGUGGAGAAAGGAUAAAACGGAAUGGAAACAAGUUAAACAUGGGGAGAAGCUGAAACAAUCGGCUGAAGAAACUAUUCUUGCAAAGAAUUUCUCUGCAGAAACAACAAUGAUAACAUUGGACACCCUUGAGUUGAUAAUUGACAUCGCAACUGAAUAUAACGACGGUGGUAACAACACCUCACAAAUGUUAUCAUCUGCUUUGCGUGUUCUGCUUCAUUGCUUCUCAAAGCAUCAGAGCGUGACUGUUCUGAAACAUACGUUUGCAAUUCAACGUUCUAUUGUUGCCAAGUUUCCGGAGUUAUUGUUUGAGGAGGAGACGGAACAAUGUGCUGACCUCACGUUGAGGUUGUUGGAGAAAUGCAGCAGCAACAUAACUACAGUUCGUAUGCAAGCGGCUGCUUCGUUGUACCUUCUUAUGCGGCACAACUUUUCAAUGGGAAAUACCUUUGCUCGUGUAAAAAUGCAAGUCACAAUGUCGAUGUCAUCAUUAGUUGGCGUUUCUCAUGAUUUUGACGAAGACUAUUUACGACGUUCGUUAAAAACCAUCCUCACGUAUGCUAAGAUAGACACAGAGCUUGAAGCAACUUCAUUUCCUGAACAGGUCCGGGAUCUUGUUUUCAACCUCCACAUGAUCCUCUCGGACACUGUGAAGAUGAAGGAGCAUCAGGAAGACCCAGAGAUGUUGAUUGACCUGAUGUACAGGAUUGCUAAGGGAUAUCAGAACUCACCAGAUCUUCGAUUAACAUGGUUGCAAAACAUGGCACGACAACAUUCAGAGCGUAAAAAUCAAGCGGAGGCGGGAAUGUGUUUGCUUCAUAGCGCCGCUCUAGUGGCUGAGUAUUUAUCUAUGAUGGAUCAUAAACAUCAUCUUCCAAUUGGAUGCGUUGCUUUCGAGAAUAUCAGUGUUAACUUACUUGAGGAGAGCGCGGUAUCAGAUGAUGUCGUUUCUCCUCACGCUGAUGAAGUUUGCUCCGAGAAAUUCUUCUCUCCUCCAGGAUUAAUAGCGAUGCUGGAACAAGCUGUACAGACUUUCUCACUGGCGGGCUUGCAUGAGGUGGUUGACAUGAUUUAUAACAUCUUGAUUCCAAUAUACAACCAUGAGAAAGAUUACAAAAAACUUUCCAACAUUCACGAAAAACUUCGAGAUUGUUUUACGAAGAUCAACAGUCAGACUGGCUUCGGUGGUUGGGAGAUUGGAAAGCGAAUGUUUGGGACUUACUUCAGAGUUGGAUUCUAUGGAAGAAAGUUUGGAGAUUUAAAUAAAGGGGAAUUUAUUUAUAAAGAGCCUGCUAUUACAAAACUACCAGAGAUUUCAUAUCGUCUUGAGACGUUCUACUCUCAAUGUUUUGGAGCUGAAAAUGUUGAAAUGAUGAAAGAUUCAAGUUCCGUUGAUCCUGAUCAACUCGAUCCAGAUAAAGCUUAUAUUCAAAUAACUUACGUUGAACCAUUCUUCCAUGAAUAUGAAGAUGGGAACAAAACAACGUACUUUGAACGGAAUUUCAAUGUUGAUAAGUUCAUGUACGCCACUCCAUUUACAUUGGAUGGGAAAGCCCAUGGAGAGAUGGCUGAACAAUACAAGAGGAAAACUUUCCUACAAGUUGCUCAUACUUUCCCUUACCUUAAAACAAGGAUCAAUGUUAUUAACAAGUGGGAAACUGUGUUGACGCCACUUGAAUCUGCGUGUGAGGAUGUCAAACGUAAAACAAACGAUCUUUUACGAACCGCAAAACUUGAACCACCGGAUGUUCGAAUGUUGCAAGUUAAUCUACAAGGAGCUGUGCUUACUUCUGUUAACCAGGGACCAAUGCAUGUAGCAAAUGUCUUUCUAACCGAUAUUCCAGAAGAUUCGAAACUUUGGAUUCCUUACAAUGAUCUGCGUUUGUCAUUCCGACAAUUUAUUCAUGCAUGUUCUCUUGCAUUGAAAAAGAACAAAUCUUUGAUAAGCAAUGAUCAGAAGGAAUACCAGCGUGAAAUGGAACGAAAUUAUAAUCGAAUGAAUGAGAAUUUAAAACCAAUGGUCAAUAAUCAGGCAAUUGUUCAGCUUAUGUUAACUGCUUCAAAUGAACAACUUGGCCUUUGUUGAUCAACAUUACAGUUAAAGAGUGAUAGAAGAAUUUUUUCAUAUUUUUCAAAAUGAACUUUAGGUUUACCUUGAAAAUCAUUCCUACGACUGCAUUAUUACAUCAUCAAUCUGAUAUUGUUCCAAAUAAUAUAUCAUUCCGAAUUAUAAAGAAAUCGUGUAAUUGCUGCUGAUAUGUUGUUUAUAUUCAAGAAUCAUUAUUUUAAGCUUUGCUGUCAAUAAAUAUUGUGAAAAAAAA